UUUCCUAAUUCGGCAACGCGCGAAAAGGGGAAGCGAGGUGAAUAUAUAUAAGUCUCGUCGCCAUCUCUCGCCUCGGGAACCAUCUCUUCGACACCACCUCAACCAUGGCGCCCAAGCGCAAGGCAUCAGCCAUGGCCAGCACCUCCAAGGUUUCUGCAAAGAAAGUACAGUCAAAGAGAGCCAGUAAGAAACAAGCGACUGAAGCCAACGACAAGAAUGAGUCCGAUGUCGCCAUCACUGACGCUGAGCCGACUGCGACUAAGCAAGAUGGUGUCGAGCAAGUUGACGGCAAAGAAGGUCCGACGUUCACCCUGUUCCCUAAGCUGCCUCUGGAGCUUCGCAACAAAAUUUGGGGAAUGGCUGCACCUGAUCCGUGUAUUGUCCUUCAAUGUAAAAGUAAGUGCUAUAUUUGUGAUACCCUACUCAUCCCUGAGAUGUCCCGCAGCGAAACAAAGCUGACUCCCGUGCUCUAGGCCACAACCCAAACGUCCUGUUCCGGUAUUUCCGUGACGGCGGCAAGGUUCCUGCUGUUCUCCACGCUUGCCGAGAGUCGCGAGCUGAGUUCUUGGACAAGAACGAUGGUUCCGUUGACAUCACGCUCGAGCGACGUCGCCGUGACCAUCCGGUCUACAAACUCUGCUUCAUCGAUCACGG